AUGCCUGGGGGUAGGAGAGGCCUAGUUGCUCCACAGAAUACCUUCUUGGAUAACAUUAUCAGACGUUACAACUCAUUGCCGGAUUGUAGCUUCCUGUUGGGCAACGCUCAAAUAGUGGAUUACCCAGUAGUCUACUGCUCAGAAACAUUCUGUAAAAUCUCUGGUUAUAACAGAGCCGAAGUGAUGCAGAAGAGUUGCAGGUGCAACUUCAUGUAUGGGGAAUUGACUGAAAAGAAUACAAUAGCAAAAAUCGAACAUACUCUCGACAACCAGGCGUUGGACCAAUUCGAAAUUUUACUUUAUAAAAAAAAUCGAACACCGUUAUGGCUUCUUCUCCACAUAGCACCUAUAAAAAAUGAAAAGGACAUUGUGGUACUCUUUUUGUUGACCUUCAGAGACAUUACGGCUUUGAAGCAACCCCUAGAGGACGAAACUGCCAAAAGCUUAAGCAAAUUUGCCCGUCUAGCCAGAUCGGUCACCAGGAGUCGCUCUGUCAUUGUUCAACAGUUUUCCUCACACCUGCCCGUUGUAAGGUCGGAGAAUGUAAAGCAAACUCAGUUGGGCCAUGCAAUAAGCUUGAAUCCUGAUGUCACACUACAGUACCGUCAAGAAGCUCCCAAAACUCCUCCACAUAUUUUACUCCAUUACUGUGCUUUUAAGGCUACCUGGGACUGGAUAAUCCUCUGUUUAACAUUCUACACUGCUAUCAUGGUGCCAUACAACGUGGCUUUCAAAAGUAAAAGCAGUGAGGACGUAAGCUUUUUAGUGCUUGAUAGUAUUGUCGAUGUUAUCUUCUUUAUCGACAUCGUCCUCAACUUCCAUACUACUUUUGUAGGACCAGGCGGAGAAGUUGUCUCCGACCCAAAAAUCAUCAAGAUGAAUUAUCUGAAAAGUUGGUUCAUCAUCGAUCUUCUGUCUUGUCUCCCCUAUGAUGUGUUUAACGCCUUUGACCAAGAUGAUGAUAGUAUUGGAAGCCUCUUCAGUGCUUUAAAAGUUGUAAGACUGCUCAGACUUGGAAGAGUUGUACGUAAACUGGACCGUUACUUGGAGUACGGGGCCGCCAUGUUGAUUCUUCUGCUGUGUUUCUACAUGCUAGUGGCUCAUUGGUUGGCUUGCAUUUGGUACAGUCUUGGUCGUAGUGACGCAGAAAAUGGGUUUGUUUAUAGUUGGUUAUGGAAACUCUCGAACGUUACCCAAGCACCUUUUUACUUUCACGUUUCGAACGAAUCUUUUGAAACUGAAUUGGUUGGAGGACCUCCAAGGGGUACCAUGUACGUUACUGGCCUUUAUUACACUAUGACGUGCAUGACAAGUGUUGGAUUUGGAAACGUUGCAGCAGAAACCGACAACGAAAAAGCUUUUACCAUAUGUAUGAUGAUAAUAGGAGCAUUACUAUAUGCCACCAUAUUUGGCCAUGUGACGACAAUCAUCCAGCAGAUGACGUCAGUCACAGCACGUUAUCACGAGAUGUUGAAUAACGUGCGUGAGUUCAUGAAGCUGCACGAAGUACCAAAAGCACUCAGUGAGCGGGUGAUGGAUUACAUUGUAUCUACUUGGGCAAUGAGCAAAGGGAUUGACACUAAAAUGGUUUUAAACUACUGUCCAAAGGAUAUGAUGGCUGAUAUCUCUGUCCAUCUAAAUCGAAAAGUUUUCAACGAACAUCCGGCUUUCCGGCUGGCAAGUGACGGAUGUCUCCGGGCUCUUGCCAUGUACUUUAAUAUGGACCACAGCGCUCCUGGUGACCUUCUGUAUCACACGGGAGAAAGUAUUGAUACACUGUGUUUUGUGGUAUCCGGAUCACUCGAAGUCAUUCAAGAUGACGAAGUAGUAGCCAUUUUAGGAAAAGGCGAUGUUUUCGGGGACGUAUUCUGGAAAGAACCUACAAUGGGUCAGUCCUGUGCUAACGUCAGAGCCCUGACGUAUUGCGACAUACACUCCAUCAAGAGAGACAAGCUUUUGGAAGUCCUCAACUUUUAUCAUGCUUUUGCUAAUUCUUUUGCAAGAAACCUUUUUCUCACAUAUAAUCUAAGACAUAGGUUGAUCUUUCGUAAGGUAGCUGACGUUAAGAGGGAGAAAGAAUUGGCGGACAGACGAAAGAAUGAACCUUCCCAAGACCUCUCUCAGGAUCACUUGGUUCGGAAACUGUUCAACCGAUUCAAGAAGAACGGUCCAGAAAAGUCACCACCUAGUGCCAAUCAAGUGGGAGCAUUACCUGCACCUGACGUGGAAAAGGGAGAGCGUUCCUCAGCCACCAUUAAUGAAAACGGAGGAGAAAAAUGUAAAAAUUCUACAAUUAAAGUAUUUAGUAUCUCCGAAGCUGGGGAAAGAGUAGAAAAGCCAGAAAGAACUACAAAAUGGGGUGCUUUGAAAGUAGUCAGCAGUGAUCACGAAGGAAAGAAUAAUAAAGAAAACGAGGUUAGCUCUGGAAGUCAAACGUCUACUAAAGGAGGAGAAGUUACGGCAAAAAAGAAUGAACCUCCUUUUGUAGCUAAAGACUCAAAGCCAGUAUCGGGAAUAGCAAAUAAAGGGCUUGGAAAAUGGUCCAAGAUCCUGGGUAGUCGUCAGGAAACGAUUGAAGAAGUUAGUGAACCAGAUUCCCACCAGGCUACUCCUAAACGAAAAAACGCGGAGUCAUUUAUUUAUGGACAUCCCAGUGAUAAUACUCAUAGCAAUAUAAACGGUUACCAAAGAAAUCUUCAUGUUGAAGAUCAGAUAUCUAUUAACAAAGAAUCUAAUGACGACAGUGGUAACUUUAGCGGUGAAAUAUUUGCCCCUCGUAGCAUCUCGAAUACAGAUUAUCAGCAGAUUGUAGCUAACCUGGUAGACUUGCGAGUGGAUCUCAGAACUGAAAUUAGAAAAAUAAGCAAUAAAAUGACUCGCAUAGAUGAGCAAAUGACAGAACUAUUAAGUCAUUUUGCCCAUAACUCUGGGUCUCCCAGUAGCCCAACCCCAUUUUCAAAACCUGAAAAUAGCUUUAGCUUAGAGUUCAAACCUUUGAAAGGAUCUCAGAAUUCUUCAGAACAUUUCAAACGCAUUUGCAGUCAUCAUGGAUCCUUCAAGAGAAAAAGCGUUCACGGAAAGUCGAAGACAAAGUCUCUUUCACCACGAACCUGCUCUUCAGACUCAACAGUGCGAGCAAUGCUAGAAAACGAAAUAGCAGAACAAAGAAUAGAUAGCAAUAAUUCUCCGACACAACAAUUAGAAAUUAACGAAGAGGAGUAG